AACUUGUAGCUGAUUGCUGCAGUAUGUUGUUUUACUAUUGCCAGUACUUAUAUAUUCAUUGCGCAGGUUUUAUACAUGGUAAAAAAGCUGCGCAACAACCAUAUAACAUCAUGUCGUAAGAAAAUUACAGAAUAGUAACCAUAGCCUAACCUAAUCUCUAACCUAAUCUUACCUCAAAUACUUGGAUAUUAUAAACAAAGUGAUGUUUACAUUUAAUAGUGAAUUUUAUAAUACUAUUAUAAAAAGAAUCAAUGGAGGUGACUAUCAAAAUGUUAUCACCGCGCAUGCUUAUCAUAUCACACAUUCGGUCGAUACGGCAGUUUACUUAACCUUAAUGUAUGUCGCUUUUAUAGCAAUUGUAUAAUUUUUUUGUAGUCGCGGUGAUAAUUUUUAUUAUCGCUUUAUCAUACUUCUUCUGUGUGUUACGGCACAUCAAGCGCACAAAAAUUGUAUAUAACUGAAACUGGUGAGAUGGAGUGAUUAUAUAUAGAUUAUUUAGCGGGAUGUUUGUGACCAGGGAAAAGUCAUAUUAAUAAUUAUUUAAAAAAACAAUUUAAAAUUAAUUAAUAACCAACCGACUAAGAAUUUCAAUAAGAAUGCUAUUGAAGCUAAUAAGAAUAAUGGAUUACUUAAAGGAUCCUCAAUUAGUCGCAUUGAUUCAACAAUUUUUUGGUGUCAAAAUAUCUUACAAUAGGCAUAAAAAAAUAUUCCAAGAGGAGGAGAAAAAAUACAAUACAAAAGUGAACGAUAAUGAAGAAAAUUAUAUUUCAACUUGCCAUAGUAAAAAGAUAAAUGAUUGUGAUGCAAAUCAACAAUUGAAUGUAUACACAAAGCAAGUAAAUUCUUCAGAACAAAGAAUUGAAACAAACAAAGGAGUUUUGACGAUAUCAAAUAAUCCAAAUUACACAAUCACUAAUUCAUUUUGGUAUUAUACAUUUGUGUUUGGAACUGAAUUAGGAGAUGAGAUCUUUUAUUCAACUUUUUUACCUUUCUUGUUUUGGAACAUUGAUGGAGCUGUUGGUCAAAGAGUAGUCUUAGUAUGGGGUAUUAUUAUGACAAUUGGGCAGAUACUAAAAGAUAUAAUAUGUUGGCCUAGACCAGCGUGUCCUCCAGUAGUCAGAUUACAAGAUAAAUGGUCACAAGAAUAUGGAAUGCCAUCUACUCAUGCCAUGGUCGGUUUGACAAUACCGUUUAGUAUGAUAUUAUUUACAAUGGACAAAUAUAUUUAUCCAUUUUCUGUCGGUUUCAUUAUCGCAUCUCUUUGGUGUACACUUGUCAGUAUGAGUAGGUUGUACCUAGGUAUGCAUACUGUGCUAGAUAUUGUGGUCGGUUUAGUAUUAGCGAUCGCAUUAAUGAUUCCAUUGGUACCCUUAGUGGACAUAACAAGUCCUUAUAUUGUUACAAAUUUUUGGCUUUUAGCAAUGUUGAUUGCAAUCAGUAUCGCCAUUAUUGUAUAUUAUCCAUCCAACUCUAAGUGGACACCCACUAGAAGCGACACUGCCAUGGUUGUAUCAGUCACAACAGGAGUUCAUACAGGAGCAUGGCUCAAUUAUUAUACUGGUCUAUUAAGGGUAUCACAAUUUUUGCCGCCAUUUCCUAUUGUUUGGCCAACAUAUUCUGUGCUUGGUUGUCUAAUUAUUAGAACUGCACUUGGCUUUUCUGGCAUUAUUGUAACAAAAACCUUCUGCAAAUCAUUCAGUUAUAUUAUAAUUUGCAACAUAUUACAAAUUAAUUGGAGAGAACUUGUGAAGUGUCAAGAUUACAAUAGUAAUCAAAAUAAGGUGUUUGUCGAUUUAGUCUAUAGAUAUGUAUUUUGUUUCAUGUUAGGUGUAAAUACAGUGUAUCUAUUGCCACAAAUUUUUAACAUGAUAGGUAUCGAACGACCAGCAUUUUACACGGAAAUAUAAAAAAUUUAGCAUGCAA